AUGGCCUCUCCUCGUGCUACUUCCCCCUUGACCUCCGGUGCUGAAUCCGGCCCUGACUCCAAGUCUGCCGGCGCUGGUGCCGCCGCCGGAUCUGCGUCCGCCAUCAACCGUCCUUCGUCGCCUACUCCCCCCGGUGGUCCUCGCGCUGCUCUGCGUCGUCGCGCCGCUGCCGACCACAAGGAGUCUCUGCGCAAUGUCCGACCUAGCUCGACUCGCUCUGCCGGUGCCGGCGGUUCCUCCGGCACUAUGCUCAAGCUUUACACUGACGAGAGCCCCGGUCUGCGCGUCGACCCCGUCGUUGUCUUGGUUCUGAGUCUGGGAUUCAUUUUCUCGGUCGUUGGUCUGCACGGUAUGUACCUGUCUGUAAAUGUGUGCAUGGGAUUUUCCGGGAAACUAAUCGAUCCUCUCUCCAUCACAGUCAUCGCCAAGAUCACCCGCAAGUUCUCCGCAUAA